AGCGCUCCUCUUAUAUCUCGCCUCCAAACCCUCCUCGCCUCUCUCACCAUUCCACGCGCGCCCACUAUUCUUGGGAGAGUCCAAACUCCCCCCUCCCUCCCCGGCGUACAAACACGCGAGCGCACCCGCCCGUGCCGGCCCAUGCCCAUGGAGGUCGACCUCGACCGUGCACGCGCUCUGCGCGUUCUCGGCCGAGGCGCCAUGGGCACCGUCUUCCUUGUCGAGGCCGACCCGGCGCGGCCCGGCUGCGGCCGCUACGCCCUCAAGGUCUUCGACAAGCGCUCCGCCGGGCCGACCAAGCCCGACGCCGACCGCCGCGCACGGUGGGAGGUGACCCUGCUCUCCCGCCUUGCGCACCCGCACCUGCCGUCCCUCAUUGGCACCGCCGAGACGCCCGACCUCCUCGCCUGGGCCGUCCCCUACUGCCCCGGCGGUGACCUGAACGAGCUCCGCUACUCCCUAGCUGACCGUGUCUUCUCUCCGGCCGCCAUACGCUUCUACAUCGCCGAGACCGUGUCCGCGCUCGCCGACCUCCACGCCUCCGGCAUCGUGUACCGCGACCUCAAGCCCGAGAACGUGCUACUCCGAGCCGACGGCCAUGUUACCCUCACCGACUUCGACCUGUCGCGCCUCCUCCCGGCCUCUACCUCUUCCCCGUCGACGUCGCCUCCUCCUCAGGUGAAGCCCGUCUUCCACAGCGGCCACCGCCGGACGCGCGCCUCCGCUGCUGGCCACCACGCCAAGCGCGAGCCUUCGUCUGCGGCCGCGUCGACGCCGAAGCUGCAGCAGUUUCAGAACCUGGUUCGUUUCCUGACGCGAAGCAACGGCAGCGCUCCCGAGCUGGCCAAGAAGACCAAGUCGGCGCGCGUGUCCCCGGUGAGCCGGAAGGCCGCAUGCUCCGGCGCGGCGUGGGGCAGGUCGUACUCGUUCGUCGGCACGGAGGAGUACGUGGCGCCGGAGGUGGUGAGCAGCGACGGCCACGGGUUCGCCGUCGACUGGUGGGCGGUGGGCGUGCUCGUCUACGAGAUGGCGUUCGGCCGCACGCCGUUCAAGGGCAAGAACCGCAAGGAGACGUUCCGGAACGUGUUGCACAGGGAGGUCGAGUUCCCGGGCGACACCCAGCGCCGGAUGCCGGAGCUGACCGACCUCAUCUCGCGGCUGCUGCAGCGGGAUCCCGCGAGGCGGCUCGGGUACGCCUGCGGCGCCGACGAGAUCCGGGCGCACCCGUUCUUCACCGGGAUGGCGUGGGACAUGCUCGCGGAGGUGACCCGCCCGCCCUACAUCCCGCCGCCAGCGGAGGACAACGCAGCCGACGGCGAGGGCUUCGACGUGAGGGACUACUUCAAGAAGCUCCACCAGCCGCCGCCACCGCCGCCUCCGGAGUCGGGCUCCUCGUCGUCGUCGUCGUCGUCGGACUUCUCGUCGGUGUUCUGACUUGUAUAGCUUACGUGGCCGGCCAUGUGGUAGUCGAUUCGCUCCUCGGUAGAUUGCUGUUUCGUAACGAGCGAAUGGGGGUGCACUGUGCAGUGCAGGCGUCGAGAACACGGGCGUGAUCGGUGUAAAUAAAUUCGGUGUAACGCUGGUGCAGAUGCGGAAGCAAUUUUGAGAGGUGCACGGUUCAGUUGAGGGUCCAA